GACCGUAUUAAAGGACAAAGAAGAAGCUGCUAGCAUUCCAUACGCUGCGUGUGUACCGCAGCUAGCUGCAAAUGGAGUAAAACAUCAUUUUUUUUACGUGACUUUAGUGAAUUAACUCCUGAAAUCACACCGUUCCUGCGUUCAGGGCAGCUUUAGCUUCCGCUAUGGCUCACCUGACGGAAAACCCCGCUGAUAAAGAGAGGUUCAUCUGCGUCUAUCCCGUCUACAUCAACAGCAAGAAGACGCUCGCUGAGGGACGCAGGAUCCCUGCGGAGAAGGCGGUGGAGAACCCGUCCUGCGCUGAGAUCCGAGACGUGUUGACGGCUGCAGGGAUGAACGUCUACGUGGAGAACAAGAUGCACCCCAGGGAGUGGAACAGGGACGUCCAGUUCAGAGGCCGGGUCCGAGUCCAGCUGAAGCAGAACGACGGGAAUCUGUGUCUGGACAAGUUCAGAUCCCGUAGGGAUGUGAUGUUCUACGUCGCCGAGAUGAUCCCCAAACUAAAGACUCGGACUCAGAAGAGCGGAGGAAGCGACAGCAGCUCCCAGCAGGGCGAGGGAGGGAAGAAGAGCAAGAAGAAGAAGAAGUGACCUCACACACAUCCUUAGUUUCAUUUUUAAAGUCAAGAGUUGGACUAAAUCCUGGAGAACUUCAGCUGUUUCCCUCAUGCAGGAUUCGUUUCUCCUGGAAGAUCUUCUGUUAAAAAUCAGGAGUUCCACUUUUUUUAUAAACUUUACGGUUUUCAUGCAGCUCAGUUCUUUAGUGAGAGAAGAAAAAUAAAAAAGUUAAGAUUCCAGGAAGAGAUGACUGAACUUUUGCCUUUGUUUCCAGUUUUCUUUACAUCACAUCUAAAGAUUAAAGUUUCAUUUCAGCCCAAAA